CGUCAGUGCUUGCUUAACCGUUGGGCCGUUAGCAGGAGCGCGAAUAUACUCUCCCGGAGCUCUCCUCCGCUCCGACUCUCCCGACUCACUUCGGCGUCAGCUCCUCCCGCGUCCACCUCCCGCGCGUUCCGCAGCGGAAGAUCGCGGAACGCCGACGGAGAACCGCACCGUCUACGGCGAUUCCCCGGCUGACGAUCCGUCUCCGGUUUCGCCUGUGCAUUUUUCUCGGUGCAGCCGAGGAAGUUGGGGCCCGCUUCCGUCUCUGGCCAGAGGACUUUCCUAUUGGAACAUGGAAUGGCUAGGCAUUCUAUUGCUAUCGGGAAUAAUCUCAAAUGUAGCCGCAGAACCGUAUUACACUAUUAUUGCGCCGAAAGUGGUACGUCCUGAUUCAGAAUAUCAUGUAGCGGCGAGCACCACCGGCGUGUCGACGCCGUCAGUGAUAUACGUUGAAUUGACUGGCGAACUGGAUUCGGGAAAAACAUUCAACAUUUCACGGACCGCAACCGUCGAGCCUUAUUCCACUCAGAUCUUGCGAUUAGACAUUGGUGAAACCACGCCGGGAAAAUACAAACUCACAGCACGCGGUCUGUCCGGUAUUGAUUUUUCUAAAUCGAAGGAUAUCGAGUAUGUACAUAAAAGUUACUCCGUCUUCAUCCAGACCGACCGGGCGAUUUAUAAACCCGGUCACAAAGUUAUGUUUCGUUGUAUAAUAUUGGAUUCGAGGCUGAGACCGAGCAUUGUGGGACCGACGGACGUAUAUAUCGUCGAUGGCGAUGGUAAUCGUAUCAAGCAAUGGAUUCGGCCACCUGUGACUCAUGGUAUUUUCGGCAGUGAAUUGGAGUUGUCGCAUUCACCAGUGUUAGGAAGGUGGAAGCUUGUUGCCAACGUCGGCGAUCAGACGUUUGAAAAGGAAUUUGAAGUCGCGGAGUACGUUCUACCGAACUUCGAGGUGACGAUCGACUCGCCGAAGCACGUACAGUUCAAAGAAUCGAAAGUCACGGCAACUGUCCACGCAAAGUACACCUAUGGAAAACCAGUAAAAGGUGAAGCUACGAUAACGGCUUAUCCAGACAUUUUCUCUGGCGUGAUCCAACCCAUAUUCCAACAACCUGUGAGAAAAGUGGUACCGAUUAACGGAAAAGUUACAAUCGAUUUCGAUAUAUUGUCUGAAUUAAGAUUAACUGACGAAUAUGAAAGACCCAUUAUGAUCGACGUAGUGGUGGAAGAGGAAUUAACUACCCGAAGGCAAAACGCUUCGGCACAAAUAACGCUACACAAACACCCGUACACGAUGGAAUUAAUAAGAACAUCGGAAUAUUUCAAACCCGGACUGAAAUAUACUGCUUUCUUAAAAUUGACAUAUCACGACGGAUCGCCAGUACAGGACACCAAAAACGACGUCUUGAUAGCAUACGGGUACACAUAUAAUCAAUCGGCGUAUUCAAAUAUCACAAGAAAAUUAGAUGAGCAUGGCAUGGUGCAAUUAGACUUUUAUCCGCCUAAGGCAAAGGAUAACAUCUCCUUUCCUCUAAAUGUUGAGGCACAGUAUUUAAACCUCCACGAAUGGUUUCCCUCAACUAAUCAAGCCAUGUCCGUAAGCAACGAAUACAUCCAAGCGAUUCUGAAAACAGAAAAACCAACAGUGAACAAUUACGUCGACAUCGAAGUGAAUUCUACCGCACCGUUGAAAUACAUAAGUUAUGAGGUACUUGGUCGCGGUGAUAUCUUGCAUGCAGACUCGAUCUACGUGCAAGACAAGUACACGACCUCAUUCAGGUUUUUAGCAACAUACGUCAUGGCACCCACUGCACAUGUAAUUGUAUACUACGUACGGACGGAUGGAGAAGUAAUAGCGGACUCAUUAGACGUUGAACUCACGGGAGUGCUUCAAAAUCAUAUCGAUCUUAAAGUAACACCAGACGAAGUUGCGCCCGGAGCUAACGUUAAUAUUAUGGUAUCUGCGAAACCGAAUUCUUUCGUUGGAUUGUUAGGUAUUGACCAGAGAUCCAUGUUGCUGAAAUCUGGAAAUGACAUCUCUUAUGAUCAAGUGUAUAAGGAGCUGCAGUCGUACGAUAAGGCAGAAGCGUCGCCACACGCAGAUGCGUUCUUCGGCCGUCACCUCUGGAGGCCCGGCUCAGGAACAGCGGACGACGUCUUUCAAAAAACUGGCGUGGUAAUCCUCACAAACGGAUACGUCCACGAGAAUUUCCCUAUACGACCACAAAUUUUGGAGGGUAGAAUAACGGGCUCGCCUCACGGGUUGUCCACGCUUCGACCAGACCUUGGUCCACCUGUCACGCACAGAUUAGCGACAAGACCACCGUUGGCAGGUCCUUACGCAUUCUCUCGCAUCCCAACCCCUGUCUGGAAUAAGCCCCGUGUAUUCCUAAUGCAUGACAUCUUAAACACCUGGCUUUUCACAAACUUCUCUUCAGGGUAUAAUGGAAAAACAGAAUUACGACGCGUUGUACCAGAUUCCAUCACAUCGUGGAUACUGACUGCAUUUUCCGUCAACGACGCGCACGGAUUAGGCCUCAUAGAGGAACCCAGAAAGUUGAAAGUCUUCAAGCCCUUCUUCAUAUCCGUGGAUUUGCCGUACUCGGUAAUACGUGGAGAAAUCGUGGGGAUACAGAUUGUGGUGUUCAAUUAUAUGAAUAAGGACGUGACAGCUGAAGUUCUGCUAACAAACGAGGGACAAUUUGACUUCGCGGAAGUUUCUAAUGAAGUUCACGAUGUACCGAGUAAGUGAUG